AAUACAAUUUAUCGGAUACUUAUGAUACAUUUAUAAAUCACUUUUGUUCAGAUAAAAAUAAUCGGAAUUAGGAAAUUUCUGGAGUGAAGGAAAAUUGAUGGUCGUGUGGCUCUUUGUCAUCGGGAAAUCGUUUCAGUCCGUAUUUGGAGGUUAACCUCAAAGGAGAUAGAAUAAUACCUGUCACGAUUUUCGGAGUCUGUUGUGAAUGUAACAGCUGGACUAGUUACGAUUAACAAUGGGGAAAACAUCAAAAGAUAAGAGGGAUAUUUACUAUCGUAAAGCGAAGGAGGAGGGUUGGAGAGCAAGAAGUGCAUUUAAGCUGCUCCAAAUUGGUGCUGAAUUCGAAAUAUUUAAGGGAGUAACCAAAGCCGUGGAUUUAUGUGCUGCUCCCGGCAGUUGGAGCCAAGUGUUAUCACGAAAGUUGAAUGAAAACUAUAGACUAGCCCUAGAAAAGCGAGAUGCUUUGGAGAAGCCUGAGACCCUCGAAAUAGAUCGUCCGAAAAUCAUCGCCGUGGAUCUCCAAGCAAUGGCUCCCUUGGAAGGAGUCAUACAGAUCCAGGGAGACAUAACGAAAACCUCCACUGCUGAGGAAAUAAUCAGGCACUUUGGUAACACAAAAGCUGAUUUGGUCGUCUGCGAUGGUGCACCAGAUGUCACUGGAUUGCAUGACAUGGACAUCUACAUUCAAUCCCAGUUGCUGUUAGCAGCACUGAACAUAACAACGCACAUCUUGCGCCCAGGGGGAAUGUUUGUGGCGAAAAUAUUUCGAGCUAAAGGGGCAUCUAUGCUCUACGCACAAUUGAAAAUAUUCUUCGAUCGAGUAUACUGUGCGAAACCCAGUAGUUCGAGAAAUUCAAGCAUUGAAGCAUUCGUUGUUUGCAGAAAUUAUUCACCACCGUACGGCUAUGAACCACACAUGUUCAACCCUCUCCUGACCCACGAACCAUUACCCUACAACCACUUAACGGGAGUAAAUGGAUAUGUUGUACCAUUCGUCGUCUGUGGUGAUCUAACACAACCAGACGCCGAUGCGUGUUAUCCUCUAAACCUUGACGGGAAAACCUACCACCACCGCGAGCCCGUCCAAGGGCCUCUGAAAUCCCCGUACGAAGAAGCAAUAAAAAUUGCUGCUAGAAAUGACCUGCGAAAAAUAGACUCCAGUGUUGUUAUUCACCACGAUGAAGCACAAUCCACCGAAGAUAUCGAAGAGUCAUCUAAAAAGCCCCUAACCAAAGGAGAAAAAUCAUCCCCGAAUGAAUGUGAAAGCGAUGUUAGUAAAUGUUGUGAUGCACUUGUCCAUUUAGAUGUCACAGAAUAACAAAGCUACAAAUAAUUCUAUGGUUCAAUCAACUUUUUAUUAUAUUGGAAUGCUUGGAAAAAAUAAAAAUUUCAUCAAAAAUA